GGUUGAUAGUUAUAUAGUUUCUGCAUGUGCUUCUUAACGAGACUCGCAACAACAAAGUUAUUACGAUUUUGCGAAUAACAUGUGUAUCGAAAUGGAAGGAAGUACAGAAACCUCAGAUAUAUUUGAAUUGUGGAAAACUAGUGUUGACUCGAGAAAACCACACACGUUUUUACCCAAAUAUAUAAAAUUAUUAACCGAGGGCAACACAAACAAUGUCGAGGAUAUCGAAGUAUUUCAACUGCCAGAAUCUUUUCUUGAACAAUUCGUUCAAGAUCUGAAGGAUUUUACCAGUAGUCAAGUUAUUGCAAUUUUGCGAACAUUGAUUUUUCACCUAAAUAAAGACUGUGUUGAAAAAUUGCAAGAUCAACAAAGCACAGUUUCAGUUAGUCUUUCUUCGAAGGUGAUGUCACAAAUAUUAACAGUUGUGUUAUACAACGCUAAAUAUUUGGACUCUCUUAUACCAAAAAACUGUCAGUUGAAAUUUGAUCAGGCUUUUACAGAGUUAGAAAAUAUUUUGGUUUUGUACUAUGAAAAAAUUUGUACAAAUUCUAAGCAGAAUAAAGUUAUAACUCAAUCCUUUAUUGAUAUUUGCAAAACAUUUUGUGAAGUCCUUAAAUGUUUGAACUAUUAUAGGCAACGCAAAGAGGAUGGAAAAUUCUUUUUAACAGAUGAUCAAUUAAAAAAAUUGAAAAAACUUUGUAAGAAAGAUAAAGAUCUUGAAACUUCAAUGAAUAAAUUGAUACUUGUCAAAAAUGUAUUAUUUAAUACCAGUGAGAACAUGAAUGAGGUGUUUGUGGGCGAACAUUGGAAGACAAUUUUAGUUAAUCAUUUUAAGCACUUGGAAUUUUUUAAUUCUAAGCAAAUUCUAUCGAUUGCCUCACAAAUUGUAAACAAUACCGAAGGUUUAUCAGUAUGGAAAUCAUUCUGUGCAACAAGACCAGAGGACAUAACUGAAAGAUUAGUGGUUGCAAUAUUUUUAGAAUCCCUAACAGCUCUUGUCAAAGAUUCAAACAGCUCUACAAAAAAUAUGUUAGGAAAAAUUGAUUAUGAAAAAUUAUUAGAUACAUUAGAUAAUCCAGACAAUCUGCAUGACGUUUUCAAGCGUGCUAAAAAGAUUAUAGCUCAACAAAAUUUCAAGUCAAUUGAUGAAGUAAAUUUAACCAAAGUGGAAGAAAAAUUGGAAAUUAUAAGAUGUUUACAUCUGAUGUUCACUCACAAAACUCUUAGGCAGUAUUUAUUCCUUAUAAUUUAUCAAUUUGAGAAGGAAUUUAUUAAUUCUACAGAAGAAAAAGUAUCAUUUAAUACCAUAUAUAAAGAUUUAUUGUUUGAGAAAGAUAUAAAUGUUUUAAAGUGGGUUCCACAACCUUUAAUAAUGAUACAACAUUUUUCUUGCUAUCCAGAUAUAUUAGUUCAAAUUUUUAAACUUUCAUUUGACGAAUUAACGUUAUACGAUCAUUGGGAAAAUUUUAUUCUUGAAAAUAAUUGUAACAGACAACUUUGUUGCUAUCUCAUAUCAAGUGCCGAAAGUUUAAAGCACAAAAAUAUGCCACAAGAGCAUAAAAGUGCUUUGAAUAAACUAUUUUUAAGAUUGAGCAAAAAAAUUACUAAAAAUCUUGAUGAAAAAAUUACUACUGCUAUAGAAGUCGCUGGUUUGAGAUCUUCUAUAAAAAUUUUAUUAAUGGAAAAAAAAAAAUUAAAAGAUCAUGUUAAAAAAAAUGUACAGGAGAUUCUUUUUGAAUUAACACAGGCAAACAAAAAUGUACAUUCUUUGACUCAAGAAUGUUUGCAAUUGUGGAUUUUAGCCUUGACCCACAGAGAAUAUUUUACUUUUAAUCAAGAAAUGACAAAAAACAUCUGUGCUUUAGUUAUUAGUAAUCCCAAUGGAAUAUCAUUUCCAUAUCUUUUUGAAAUCUUGAAAGAUGAUGAAUUUGAAUAUUUUGUGGAUAUUCUUUGUAAUGAAACGAAAACAAGUUUAAUAGAAGGAAACGUUUUAUCCUUAGUUACUCUAAUGACAAUUUGGAAAAACUUAUCUAAGGCUGAAAGCAAAGGAAGUAGAUCAAAUCGUAUGACUACAGUCAUAAUUGAUAUGUUUCUUAAUAUUAAAAAUAAAAACAUAAGUAUAUUAUCGCAUGUAUUCUUGAUCAAACUUUGUCGAGCACUUAUAACAUCUAAACGGAUGAUAACUUCAACACUGAUCAACGAACUGAUUGAAGAAAUUUUUAUAACUACUUCCAAGUAUGUAGAAAUAGAAUGCAUCGAAAAUGUUUUAGAAAUUUGUCAAGAAGAUUUAGGUUUGUGUUUAGAUUUUCUACGGUGCAAAACAGAAUUGAUGCAUGAUAGACUAUACACUUUAAUUGAAAAAUAUAAAAGUAUACUUGAAAUAAUUUUAAAAGAAGCACAGGAGAACAAUUUUAAAAAUGAAGAUACAUUGAAAAUUUUAGCAGUGGAUUUAGAAAAGUUUUGUAUAUUUCUGGGCAAAAUGAAAAAAAAUCCAUCAUUUACAAGCCAGGACUUGAUUGCGCAUUUGAUACACGUCUUGGGUAGACCAACUACUUUGCCAGAGUUUUUGAAAACUGCAAUAGAGUCUUUGAUAUUUCUACUAUUAAGCGAUUCCGAUCGGCACAUAGUGAAUAAUCUACUACGAGCACUGCCUGUUGCACUUCAACAAAUUUUUAGAAGUUUAUACGACACCUAUAAGAGCUCUUACAAAUACACUGGUAAAAUUUAGUUAAAAAUUCUAAUUUUACUUUUACAAUUGUAAAAAAUGUAUAGAAUGGAUUUUUUUAACAUAAAUAAUGUAAUAUUUGAAAUAAAUUUAAGUUUACCUUAAACUUGAUUCACGUAUGUUGAAACCCUAAUUUUCAUUUUACUUUUUAAUUAAUU